CUCGGCUGCUCUGUGCCCUGCCGACGCCGCCACCCGGGGUAAAAGAAGCUGGACAGGAAGGGUGGCAGACCUUAGUGUCGGCACUGUGGGGGAUGCCAGGAGAGGAAGGUAACCCACACAGCUCCGCCAGACGGGAAGCUGUUUCCAGCUGUUUUGAGCCCGGAGCAGCUGGAUCUGGAUGGCAAUGUGAACAGACAGGGUCUGUCAGCGCUGCACAUGGCCUGCCUUUAUGGCCAACUGGCUACUGUUCAGCUGCUGGUGGAGGAGUCCAGGCAGGGGGGGGUCAACAGCAGCGAUCUGCAGGGUCGCCGGCCUGUUCACAUGGUCCUGUCCCCCCAGAGCUCACCCAACAGCUCCUCGUGCCUCAUUUACCUGCUGGAGCAUGGGGCCGACGUCAACACUACCACAGAUUCAGGGGCGACCCCUCUGCACCUGGCCGCCGCUGAAGGCCUCCUGAGCUGCACAGAGAUCCUCGUGCAGGCCGGAGCAGAUGUGCUGGCUCGGGACAACACUGGACAAACUCCUCUGGAUAUGGCCCGCAUCUGGUGCCACAGGAAGGUGGCAAGGUAUCUGAAAAGCUGCAUGUGGCAGACAGAUAAGAAGAAAGAAAUGCAGGAGAGGAAGCUGGGUCAAACUUUAUACAUGGAUCUUGUGGAAAUGGUCAAACAAAAUCAUCUGAAUAAAAAGCCACUUAUAGAUGAGAAGAUGGCAGCGUGGGCGAAACAAAAAGGUCUUCCUCUCAUAAAGGAAUUCUCCCCCAGAUUCUUGGUGAGCGAGUACCACACCAAGUGCCUCACUUCUGAUCCAACACACCAACCAGGACGUCCUUUGGAGGGUAAAAACCUCCCCACUAAGCAACCUCCAGCCUCCUCCCUUAGACCCUGGACCAUCUUCACGGGCAUCCAGCCAGAGAAGCCCCUGAGGGAGCCGGACCUCCGGGACAACGUGAUGGUGUGGAGGGACAGCAGCAGCCGUCAGCCUCAGUACACCACCAAGUGGGACAGCAAGCGCUGCCCCGCCCCUGACCUGCCUCUGGAUGUCCUCGAGAGGGUGUUGUUCCCCAGAGCCUUCCCUUCCAGGAUCGCCUCCCCACGGUACUUCGAGCCACAGGACAUUGUGGAGGUCCAGCAAAGAAGAUACCCCCAGGGGCGGAGCACCUCCCACUGGACAGAGGUGGCCAUGCACUUGGCUGAAGUGCUGGAGCCCGGACAUUACUGAUCAUCACACAGGAAGGGCUUAAACCAAACCUGCAUUUAUAAAUGUGUGAAAGAAAUGUAUUAAAAAUCACCCAGUAUGGAACUUUGAAAUAUUAUUUUGCAACAUUUUAUGUUAUGGAAAUAUUUGGUAUAUUCACUCACUUCAAUGUAUUACCAGGCAUACCAGCAGACCUUCCCUAACGCAAUAUAACCCUCCCCCCCACCCAGACUUCAAGCCCAUAGUGACAGAAUUAAAAAUGCCACACACCCCAGAUGCUGCGCCUCCAAACGCGGGGUGAAAGGAGGGGUGAGUGAAAGGUGAGAAA